GUUUAACGGAUCUUGAGUAUGAACCUGGCUAUAUAGAAGAACAUAUGUAUUUUAAAUAUUUACUUGAAUCUAAAAUGCUUACUUCGGAUGGUAAUACAAAGAAUAUAGCACUCUUGGAGAUCCAUUUUCCUGAUGAAUCAGCUUCGAUUGAAGGAAUUUAUUAUUGUACUGGAGAAGUUGUACAAGAUGAGGAUAAAGCGGUAAAGAAUAGAAAGCAUAAAGCUAGUAUAGAUUCAGAAUUUGAUUUAAGUUUAAGCUCUCUUGUUGUAAAGAAAGUAAAUCCUCAAUAA